AUAACAGAAAAACUGGUUAACCUUCAAAAUGAAAAUGCAAGACUCUCGGAAAGGAUAAUGACACUUGAAAAAGAUGGGGAAAGGCAAUCGAGCGUUUCAGCCCAUGUAAGACUAUCUAAGACAACACCCAUUAGUGGCACUGAAAGAGUCAUGUAUGAUUUGGAAAUAUCAAAUAUUGGUGGAGCAUACGAUUUCCAAAAUGGGCAGUUUAUCGCUCCUGUUGCCGGUGUCUACAUGUUUCGUGUGACCUUGUGUCUGUUCGCGAAUAAACAAUGGAUGGAUCUUAACAUUGUUAAGAAUGAUCACGUGAUUGGCAGGGUGUUUUCUGUGGACAACCAGUACCAUACCUGUGGUUCGGAAGCUUUGAGUAUUCAUUUUGACGCAGGUGAUAAGAUAUGGGUACAACGAGCAGCCGGGACGUCUUUAAGUUUAAACCAAGACCAUGGAUGGAAUUCGUUCACAGCUAUUCUCAUACAUGCUGACUAAAUUAAUAUACAAAAGCACUGACCUAAAACCGAUAUUAUAAGUUCCAUGUAAAAUACUGACGUAACUGGUUUGUUAAUUUAUCCGCAGCUGUUUUAAAUGACGCGUUGGGCGAAAAGACGCCAGAUAGGUAUAAAAUAUAAAAAAUUUCCAAAAAAAAAUUUAAAAAAAUAAAAAUAGAUAAAUAAAUAAAAUAAAGUAAUAAUAAAAAUAAUAAUUAUGAUAAUAUUUUACGAUUAAGAAAAAUGUAUAACUUUACUACUUUUUUUAUCCUUAAAUGGCGAAUAAUUAAGUUACAAUAUCAUUGGUUUAAGCUGCGUUACGUUAUUCAUGACGUAUCAGUUAUGUUCACGCUACGACAGGCGUUUGGAAUGCAUUUACGCUUUUAAUACUGUAUUGUUGAUUUCCAAUUGAUUUAUUAAUUAUAAAAUGUGCAAGUGUGGUAAUAAUACUUGCCUAGUGAAACAAACGCGGGUAAUUGUGAUAUACACAAGCGAUUCAGCACAGAUCUCGAACGAUUUGGCAUAACUUGACCCCGAAAUCAAAUUAAACUUAAUUCAGUUUGAGUAUUUUAUUAUACUGAACAGACAAUUGGCCAGUUUUUCAACUAUUAAGUAAUGACUUAAGCUCUGACUUAAGCCGUGUCAGGUAUAUUUACAACGAUUUUGUCAGCACGUGAAUAACGGGGCUCGACAAAAGUUAAACCUUCAAUUGGAUUUUUUCUACUUUGAGCGGUGUCAGCAAUGGCUUAUCUUUCUAUUGUUAUUUUAAACCUGGGGCAAAGGUGGUUUAAGAAAAGAUGCAGGCGGAAUAUUUAGACAUGGAAUUAAAUUUCCAGUAUGAAGUUAAAGCAGAAAUUUUGAGGAGGUCGGGAAUGAUACGGGACUGAGCAAACCCUUUCGUUAUGUACGACGAUUUGGACUUUUGGACAGAUUUUUUUCUCAGUGAAGCUAGUAUUAUAUAUGUUUUACUUUAUAUAGAAGAAAAACUUAAACCAACGGCGACGGCGACGCCGACGCUGGGGCGAGUGCAAAAGCUCUAUUUUUUAUUCGAAAAGUCGAGCAAAAAAUGUAACACAUUCAACUCUUCCAUUUAAACUUUACUAAAUUCGCUACGUUUGUACACGUUUCAAAGUAUACGUGCAAGCAUAAAUAUAUAAGUGCAUGUAAUUAAUUAUAAAUACAUGUAACGAACAAAUAUGUAGGUGAACAUAUAUAUAUAAGUCCAUGGAUACGCACGUCUGUAUAUAUACGUCUCCUUUCAAUGACUUGUGGAUUUUGAAAUUCAUGCAUUUACAAGUGUAAUUUGAAUACCUAUACUAUUGAUUUAAAUUUACAAAUGCAUUCCUAAUUACAAGUGCAUAUUACACGUGUUUUGUACAUGAAAGGUGGAACAUUUAGGAAUAAUGAAAACAGUAAGACAAUGAGCAAACAUAGGAAUGCUUGUAGUCUUACCUUGAAAUAAAUUCACCUUUUUUCCCAGCAAUUUUUUUUUUCAUUCAUUAGACGGGCGCUCGUGCUUUUGUGUUUUAAUGUGUCUUUGUAUUUUCUAUGAGAAGUAGUAAAUCACCAAAGUAACACGUUUUAUCUAUGAAAAAAUACAGCGAAACGGUCCGAUGACUGUAUCUACAUCUUCAUAGUGUGUGACCAAGGCUUAACUAAUACAUCGCAAAAAUACCCGCCGAGUAUUAGUAAAAAUCCGUUAGAAAACAAGGUUGAGCGAUGGCCUAACUAAUACUGGUUUGAGCCUUUCUUAGUGCUAGAGUUGAAAAACUGGCCAAAUGUAUCACUUUCAUGUCACUGAAAAGUAUAACUACAACAGAAAAUAUCAACAGAGAGAUGGAAAAAUAAUUGUGGAUCCGUAUUAUCCGCAUACAUUAACACAACGGAAAAAAAAAUAAGACUCCCUUGUCCACUAGUUAUGUAAUCUUUUACCCUGUGCAGGUAUAGUUGCCUUAUGUAUUUUUUCUGUAGUGAAAUGUUUGGAAAUGACAAAUAUAUUGGUAGUUUUACUUUCGUUGGUAACAAAGGUUCUAGCGUAGUAGAUUAAAUAAGCUAACAAGCUAACUAUACCCCUGCAAAGUUAAGCGACUUUUCACCCACUUAAUAAAACCUUCAAGGUUGAGCGACUUUCUAUACAUUAAGCAUAUAAACCAGGUCGAUCUAUACCGUGUAAUAUAACGUCAUACAUUAACUUCAAGGACAUUAAAAAUAUUUAAAAAAGGAAAAUUACAACAAGAAACUGUGUUUGUUUGUGACAUUUUCGUGAAUAUCCACUAUGUAACUAUGAUUCUCAAUGGAUUUCUAGCCAUACUGUUAUAAAUGAACUGCGAAUACGGUUACCUCUGAAGAUCAGUUACACUGGGAAGACAGAAACACGGAUGUUAUAUAGAACCUGUUUCUCAACAGAAGUUCUUUCAAACUACUGUACAAUGUACUAACUUCAGGAAAUAUUUCUAGAUCUGUUUUGUGGUAUUUGUCAAGGUUUCAUAUCAAAUGAUAAAUAUGGAUAACUUUCUCAUCCUG